CAGUUUCACAGCACACAAAUCAUGUUCUGGCCCACAGGUUCUAGCGAGGAGGCAAACAGUGAGGAAAAGAAAAUUGUCCUGGUAAAUCGCAGUAUUGCCUCUGUGUUUCAAACCAUUUCAUCCAAAGCAUGGCACUCUGCCGUGGCACCAAACAGGAAGCGCAGAUUAAAUUUUAAUGCGAACAAUUUGACCAAUAUGCAUCAGAGCAAGCUCACGAUAACUUGAACCGCAUUUGUAAUAUACAUGUUUUAUUUCUCA